UGUAACUCUGUAUGCAGUCCUCUUAGGAAGAAUUAUUUAUUUCUCUGAAGUAACUAAUUUAUUGUAAUUUUGUUUUUGUUUAAUUUAUUAGUUAAUUAGAGGAGGCUUCUGGUCCCUGAGGCUACUGGAAAUUUGAAUGAUGCAAUGGCCUUACAUUUGGACAUUUAACCUCCUUUGAUUUCUUGCUUUUCUUACUCCUGGUACUCCUGCCUUGGUCCUGGUUCCUCAAAAACAUGUUUCUUACCAGACCCAGUCAGUGCUGAUAUCAUGUCCACUACAUCGGAUUACACCAUUGUCUGAAUUUGGUUCACUUUACCUCCAGGCUGACCAAUGGCUUACUUUAAACAUCAGAUCAUCACUAUUAAGUCCUCUCCUCAUCACUUGAAUGAUCGCUCCCAAUUAACAGACUCUGGGCUUCAGGAAAAAGCUGUGCCCCUUGUGAGUAAGAAGAAGACAAAUAAAUUAUCCCAGCAAACCAACCUUGAAAAACAUUCUGGUUUGCUCUUCAGGAGUAGGACUCCACGCAGUGGAAUUCUGUACCCUAGGGAUCACCAGGCCAACAUAGUAACCUUAAGGCCUUAUAGCAGUAAGGUCAGGGCCAGAGAUGGGCCAGCAAUCUCCAAUCGCAAGACGGAGCCAAAUCCCAGUCCCUCAAAAGCAUGGAAGGUAACAUCAGAGUUACGAGGUAAAAAGCUGAGCAGGGCCACAGUUACAACAGCACAUUUUCCUGAUCCUAGCUCCAAGACCACGACUAAGAGACAAUCAUCAGCUGCUAGGAACCAAGCGUGGAAAAAGUUGCAUUCUGAACAACAAGGGAAACAAAAUUUGGGUUCCAAUGAGCAAAUCAAACUCAAAGUUGCUUCCCAGCACCAGCCUAACAGCCCUAAUGACCCAUCCACAUAUCUACUCAAUAGAUUCCAAAAGAUACCAACACCAGAUCCUGAAACCAAGACAAAAAAACAAUUAAUUAAGAGAAGUUGGACAAAGUUUUUCCAUGAUUACGAUAACCAGACCAUGAUUCCUUUGAGACACCAAUGUGAGACAGAGUUUGCCCUGGACCUUGUCUCUGAUGAUUUACUUCCACUGAACCGCACCUAUAUAAAAUCUGAGGGACCCUUGAGCAUAUGCAUGAUCUGUGGAUGUCAAAAAACAUUUAAGCCUUAUAUUGUUCCCCGAGCUAAGACUCCACCUUGUCGGGUCUGUUCAUCCAGAUCUCAAUUAAUGAAGACUCAGUCGCGCCCUGAUGGCCGUAGCCCAAUGUCUCUACCAAUGCUCGAACACCGCUCAAGGGUUCCACUUCGUCCCAAGGUUCAAGACAUACCAGUCCCCAAAAGGUUUCCUUUACAUUUAACUGACACUCCAAAAAGACGUUAUUACCAGACUAAGGCUACACAGAUCUCUGACUACCAAAAUGAAGAACAAGACCAGGUCCAAACUAAGCAGAAGAGAAGCGCAUCCAGAUAUGUAUGUAAUAUCAAACCUUAUACCAUCGAGGGGCAAACUCACAAUACAAAAUUUGUUGAUGACAUCAUAAGCCCUUUCCCCAGGGAAAAACCAAAAAGUAAUUUCUCUAAUGAGGUUCGUGUGUGGCAGACGAAAGACUAUCCCAGACGUACCCACUGGACUGAUCGAUAUCUGUCUGCUAAUGAUAACUCUGGGUUAGCUUACUCAUGGCUUCCAAAGAAUUCUUAUCGUGUUGACAGAAAGAUCACUGUACCAACAUCCUUGCCUAGUCCACAGAAGAAACGUGUCAAAUUUCUCGUUGAAAUGCCCCAGUCAAAGGACUACCCCAGUUUGGAGAAUCAAAGUAUCUUUUCUUCUAAACGCAGGCUCUUAUACCCUACAGUUUUUCCCUUGUGCUCUUACUCAGAGACUGUACCCCUGGCUCCAUUAAAACCCAAACUCACUUGGCUUGACUUCAUACGUUACAAAUAUCGCCAGCGAAAUGAGGAGAAAGCAUCUCCAAGUCAAAAGUUGUAUGAGAGAGAAAUGCCCUAUACAAGCAGGAACAUCAUAAGAGAGAUGUCAGUGAGACAAAACACAUGUCCUAUUUCUCUGUUAAAGAAAUUUGAAAGUAGGAUAAACAAUUAA